AUGGUGAUCAGGGCCAACACUGCAGUGCAGAAAACCUGUGCUGCCAGGGUUUUCCUGGAUGAAAUGACAAGGAAGAAACCAGAAAACGCGAGAGAGAAAAAUUCCUCAUCCCAAAAUCUGGCCAAUCAGCAACACAUCUCUCAUCAGCUCCGUGCCUCAGCCAGGAAGAGUAGCUCUGUGAGGUCUCAGUCCCAUUUCCCUCCACGAGCUGACGACUCAGAUGGCCUAACUCCCCAGGUCACCCACCUCUUGGGAAAAUGGCGACAGGUAUGGAACCAGGCGUUGGACAGAGAGAGCCGGCUGCAGAACAGACUCCAGAUGCUUCGUGAGCUCCAAGCAUUUGAGAACUUCAAUUUCAACACCUGGAGGAGGCGUUACAUGCAGUGGAUCAACGAUAAGAAGGCUCGUGUAGUGGAUGUUUUCCGAUUUAUUGAUAAGGAUCAAGAUGGACGAAUCAGCCUAGAGGAGUUUAUGCAAAGUGUUCUUUCCUCCAAAUUUCCCACCAGCUCUGUGGAGAUGGAGGCAGUUGCUGGAAUUUUUGACCUGAAUGGCGAUGGAUUUAUCGAUUACUACGAAUUUGCGAAUGCACUACAUCCUAGCAGAGACUGUCUCCGGCAGAGUGAGGAUGAAGGCAGAAUUGAAGAUGAGGUCUGUCGCCAGGUUGCUGAAUGUAGCUGUGCCCAGAGAUUCCAAGUGGAACAGAUCAGCGCCAACAGAUACCGGUUUGGUGACUCACAGCAGCUGAGGAUGGUGAGGAUUCUACGCAGCAUGGUGAUGGUGCGAGUUGGAGGAGGAUGGAGUCCUCUGGAUGAAUUUCUUGUGAAGAAUGAUCCUUGCAGAGUGAAAGGCCGGACCAAUCUUAAAAUUAAAGAGAAGUACUUGGCACCUGACAGCUUUGGAAUUUGCACGGUGAAAUCAGCUGGAAAUCGGACACAUCCCCAUUCCCAGGAGGGAUCUCCCAGUCGAAACAGCUCGAGUGUGGCCUCCUAUAGCUCAGCACCCAACAGCCCACUACCCACCAAGGUACAUUCCUUUGACUCAAAUUGCUGA